AUGUGCUACCAAGUCGUCGAGCGCUACGCCGUCUGCCGCUGCCUCUACCACAAACACGCCAUCGACCCCUGCGCGCAAUAUGGGCAAUACGGGCACAGCGUGCAGGAAAAGACCGUCCUAGUCGGCUACGCCUGCUCCGUGCAUGCCAGC